AAAGUGGGCUGUCACUUAAAGAUUUGGACUCACAAGAGAGGGGCUGGUCUGGAGGUGGGAGGAGGGAGUGACGAGUCAAGGAGGGGACAGGGACGCAGGAGGGUGCAAGGAAGUGUCUUAACUGAGACGGGGGUAAGGCAGGAGAGGGUGGAGGAAAUUCUGCAGGAGACAGGCUUCCUCCAGGGUCUGGAGAACCCAGAGGCAGCUCCUCCUGCGUGCUGGGAAGGACUCUGGGCAUCUUCAGCCCUUCUUACCCUCUGAGGCUCAAGCCAGAAAUUCAGGCUGCUUGCAGAGUGGGUGACAGAGCCACGGAGCUGGUGUCCCUGGGACCCCCUGCCCGUCUUCUCUCCACUCCCCAGCAUGGAGGAAGGUGGUGAUUUUGACAACUACUAUGGGGCAGACAACCAGUCUGAGUGUGAGUACACAGACUGGAAAUCCUCGGGGGCCCUCAUCCCUGCCAUCUACAUGUUGGUCUUCCUCCUGGGCACCACGGGCAACGGUCUGGUGCUCUGGACCGUGUUUCGAAGCAGCCGGGAGAAGAGGCGCUCAGCUGAUGUCUUCAUUGCUAGCCUGGCGGUGGCUGACCUGACCUUCGUGGUGACGCUGCCCCUGUGGGCUACCUACACGUACCGGGACUAUGACUGGCCCUUUGGGACCUUCUUCUGCAAGCUCAGCAGCUACCUCAUCUUCGUCAACAUGUACGCCAGCGUCUUCUGCCUCACUGGCCUCAGCUUCGACCGCUACCUGGCCAUCGUGAGGCCAGUGGCCAGUGCUCGGCUGAGGCUGCGGGUCAGCGGGGCCGUGGCCACGGCGGUUCUGUGGGUGCUGGCUGCCCUCCUGGCCAUGCCUGUGAUGGUGUUACGCACCACCGGGGACCUGGAGAACACCACCAAGGUGCAGUGCUACAUGGACUACUCCAUGGUGGCCACUGUGAGCUCAGAGUGGGCCUGGGAGGUGGGCCUGGGGGUCUCGUCCACCACCGUGGGCUUUGUGGUGCCCUUCACCAUCAUGCUGACCUGUUACUUCUUCAUCGCCCAAACCAUCGCUGGCCACUUCCGCAAGGAACGCAUCGAGGGCCUGCGGAAGCGGCGCCGGCUGCUCAGCAUCAUCGUGGUGCUGGUGGUGACCUUUGCCCUGUGCUGGAUGCCCUACCACCUGGUGAAGACGCUGUACAUGCUGGGCAGCCUGCUGCACUGGCCCUGUGACUUUGACCUCUUCCUCAUGAACAUCUUCCCCUACUGCACCUGCAUCAGCUACAUCAACAGCUGCCUCAACCCCUUCCUCUAUGCCUUUUUCGACCCCCGCUUCCGCCAGGCCUGCACCUCCAUGCUCUGCUGUGGCCAGAGCAGGUGUGCGGGCACCUCCCACAGCAGCAGUGGGGAGAAGUCAGCCAGCUACUCUUCGGGGCACAGCCAGGGGCCCGGCCCCAACAUGGGCAAGGGUGGAGAACAGAUGCACGAGAAAUCCAUCCCCUACAGCCAGGAGACCCUUGUGGUUGACUAGGGCUGGGAGCAGAGAGAAGCCUGGCACCCUCGGCCCUCCCCAGCCUUUGCCCUUGCUUUCUGAAAAUCAGGUAGUAUGGCUACUCCUUCUCCUAUGCACAACUUUAACUGCCCCCUGACUCCUGCCCUGCCCUGUCCUCCUCUACUGCUUUAUUCUUUCUCAGAGGUUUGUGGUUUAGGGGAAAGAGACUGGGCACUACAGACCUGACCCUGCACAACCCAUUUAAUCUCACUCACCCUCAGUUUCUCCAUUGGUAUGAAACGGGGGAAAGUCAUAUUGAUCCUAAAAUGUUGACGCCUGAGUCUGGACUCAAUAAAAGCUUGUUUCCCUCCGCUGCUUUCUUAGAUCUGCAAUCGUCUUUCCUCCCUCCUUUCCUUGUAGUUUUUCCCCUACCACUCUCUGCAGCUGUUGCUCCUCAUCCCUGCCUUCUGGCACGAAUCCCCUCCUAUAGCUCAUCCCCCUCCCUCCAUCCCUCCUUCUCGCCUGUCUACUUUCUUGUUCUGAAGGGCUACUAAGGGUUAAGGAUCCCCAAGCUUGCAGAGACUGACCCUGUUUAAGCUUUCUAUCCUGUUUUCUGAGUGUGAUGCAGGGAAUGGGCUGGGGCGGGGGGUGGGCUGUGUGUCAGCAGAUAAUUAGCGCUCCAGCCGUUAGAUCUGGGAGCUCCAGAGCUUGCCCUAAAAUUGAAUCACUUCCCUGUCAUUUCGGGCACUGGGGCUAGUGUGAUUCCUGCAGUUCCCCCAUGGCACCAUGACACUGACUAGAUAUGCUUUCUCCAAAUUGUCCGCAGACCCUUUCAUCCUUCCUCUAUUUUCUAUGGGAAUUGGAAGGCAGCAGGGCUGAUGAAUGGAUGUACUCCUUGGUUUCAUUAUAGUCACCUCCUUUGCCCAGAGCUGUCCUCAAAGCAUCCAGUGAACACUGGAAGAGGCUUCUAGAAGAGAAGAAGUUGUCCCUCUGAGGCUCCCGUGGGUGAUCUGCAGAGACUCCCUGCCUGCAACUCAUCUGUGAUCUGGGACAGAAGCAGAGGAGGCUGCCUGCUGUGAUACCCCCUUAUCUCCCCCAGUGCCUUCUUCAGAAUGUCUGCACUGUCUUCUGACCCUGUUAGUCACUGUGGUUCAUCAAAUAAAACUGUUU